CACUCGCAUGACAGAGGUGGAGUGGGUCAGAAAGAGAGUGGGCCAUUUCUGCAAGGAAGAGGAGUGAAAACAGAGGUUUUGCACCAAACUUAAAAGUCCUGCACAGUGUGUGAAGAAAUCACAGACACACUGGGACUUUCUGUAUUUCCUCAGGAUAAGAGCAGAGGAUAAGAAGGCCUGUUUUCAGCUGCUCACUGGAGAUCACUUUGGACAGAAUGACUUCCACUCUGGAGAAAUCCAAAAACUUUUGCAUUGAUGCGCUGCUGGCGCACGACGUGGAGCAGAGGACGGAGAGCGACGGUGCGUGUUACACCAAGAGCCCCGGGGACAGUCCGGUGUCAAACCGCUGCUCUGAGACACCCUCCCCUCAUCCGAACCCACCAAACUCCUCUCCAGCUCCUCUGGGAGUCUUGCCCAAAUCCCACCUCUACAACAACUUACCCCAGUCAGGAUUCGCUGCUCUGCACCACGGGGGUCUCAUCGGGAUGCACCCGGGCUCUGUGUACCCCCUGGCGGCCCUGGGAGGCCAGCACCCCGCCAUCAUCUAUCCCGGUUUUACGCAGAUGUUCCAGUCGUACCCGGAGCAUCUGAAGGCGGGUGUAAUGUCAGGAACUGUCCCCCUGGAGCCAUGGAUCAGAGCCGGCUUCAUGAUACCUAGAUUUGGAGAAUAUGGAGCUCCAGCCCAGGCAGGUUUGUUGGGGAAGUGUAGAAGGCCGAGGACAGCUUUCACCAGUCAGCAGCUCCUUGAACUAGAAAACCAGUUCAAGCUCAACAAGUACCUGUCCAGGCCUAAACGCUUCGAGGUGGCCACUUCACUCAUGCUGACCGAGACUCAAGUUAAAAUCUGGUUCCAGAACAGGCGCAUGAAAUGGAAGAGGAGCCGCAAAGCCAAGGAUCAAGCAGCCCUCACUUCAUUGAGUGGUGCAGAAAGAGAUGAAAUGGAUACACAUAGUGCCAAGUCUCAGGGUGAUUCACACAGCUCAAGCCUAGAAGAUGAGGAGGAGGUUGAUGAGGAGGUUGAGGAUGAAAACGAGGAGACAGAAGUGCUGAGGGCAAGUUCUUUAGGCUCUGUAGGCUGCACCAGGCUUGACAUAGGAGGAAUAGGGAACUACAGCACUUAUUCAGAGGAGCAACGGGAGGAAGGAAACCCAAGAACAAGAAGUGGGGUUUUCCCUGGGUUAUAA